AUGGGGGGUAAGCACAGAUGCACAGAAAAAAAGGCUCGGGCUGCGAGCACAGAAAAGGCUCGGGCUGUGAGGCACGUGCGGAGGCGCGGGUGCACGCGGCAGCUCAUGGCGUCCGUGAGGAGCGAGCGACUGGUGAGCGUUCCUCGUGUGCGGAGAUCCACUGUCCCGCUUGCGUCAGAAACUCUGCGCGAUGAUGAAACACGAGACUUCGGGGGAGGGGGAGGCGCGAGCUCUGUUAUUCGAGCCGCGGGCGCCGCGUCCAUAGCUUCGGGACUGGCGAGGCUCGCUCGCCGCGACCAAGCCACGGCGCAUGCGCGGCCCGCGUCGCCCGUUCUGCAGCCUGCAUAUUCGAAAGUCGUCGUCCUCUCUCCGCCGUCGGCGCCCGCCCAGGCAAACAGGGACGCACACAAACUUGAACGCAGAGAAGUCUGGAAGCCUGGCGCCAGAUGCCCUGCGCGCGGUCGGGCUGCUUGUGUGCACAGUUGCGGCGGGACUGCAACAAACGGAAACGAGGGUUUCGUUUCCAGAGUUGUCCGUACAGGCCCUUCGAGGUUCACAGGCGUCUCUCCAGACCUCGUUCUCUCGCGGCCGACGACGGCCUACCAAGACCAAAAGCCUGGCACUUCCGGGCUUCGCAAGAAGACCAAGGUGUUCAUGCAGAAGGACUACCUUGCGAACUUUACCCAGAGCGUCUUCGAUUGCCUUCCCGAUGACGAGAAGAAGGGCGGAACUCUGCUCGUCAGCGGAGAUGGACGCUAUUUUACUCACGAGGCGAUUUACGAAAUCUGCUCGAUUGCUGCCGGAAACGGCGUGGGUCGCGUUUGGAUUGGGCAGAACGGCCUGGCGUCGACGCCGGCGUGCAGCGCCAUCAUUCGCAACCGGGAGAACGGCGUUUGCUUCGGGGGUUUCCUUUUGACCGCCUCGCACAACCCCGGCGGCAUCGAUGAGGACUUCGGCGUCAAGUACGACACCGGGAACGGAGCCCCUGGACAGGAGCGUCUGAUGAACGAGGUGUGUCAGAAGUCGAAGACGAUCAUCUCCAUCAAAUACGCACAACUCCCCAAAUUCGCCUUGGACAAAGUGGGCGUGCAAGUCGACCUGAAUGGCGCCUUCCAGGUCGAGAUCAUCGAUCCCAUCGUCGACUGGCUGGAGCUGAUGAAGGAGUGCUUCCACUUCCCCGCCAUCAAGCGACUGCUUGCACUCCCUUACUUCAACUUUGUCUACGACGCCAUGCACGGUGUCUCUGGGCCGUACGCCGAGAAGCUUUUCCUCGAAGAGCUGGGCGCGAAGCCCGAGUGCCUGAUGCGGCAGCAGCCCUUGCCCGACUUCGGCGGCCACCACCCGGACCCGAACCUGACCUACGCCGCCGAACUUGUGGCGAAGAUGAAGGUCUUCCAUCCGAACGAGUGUGACGCCUCCACACCUCUCUUCGGGGCUGCGGGAGACGGCGACUGCGACCGCAACAUGAUUCUCGGGCGCGGAUUCUUCGUCACCCCAUCAGACAGCGUCGCGCUCAUUUCGCUGUACGCGGAGAAGUGCAUUCCCUACCUCAUGGUAGAUAAAGCAACUGGCAAGGGAGGCCUGACCGGCCUCGCUCGCUCGAUGCCAACCUCCCGCGCGCUCGACAACGUCGGCAAGAAACUGAACAAACAGGUGUACGAGACCCCAACAGGCUGGAAGUACUUCACGAACCUGAUGGAUGCGAAUCUCAUCAGCAUCUGCGGUGAGGAGUCCUUCGGCACCGGCAGCGUCCACGUCCGCGAGAAAGACGGGCUCUGGGCCGUCCUCGCCUGGCUCUCGAUCCUCGCCUGUCGCAACGGCUGCCUCGGCGACCUCGAGCAGGAGAAGGCCGAUCUGAAGAGCGGGAAAGACGUCAGCAUCGCCGCGCCCGCGACCAAGGUCGAGGAGUUCGUCUCCGUCCGCCAAAUCGUCGAGGAGUUCUGGAAGGAGUUCGGCAGGAACUUCUACUGCAGGUACGACUUUGAGAAUAAAGACAGCACAUCCGCUCAUCAGAUGAUGACGGAUCUCGAGGAGCUCUCGAGGCAGACCCCUGCAGACAUCACCGCGAAAGUUGCCGCGCACGUGGACGCCAACCUGAUGAGCGCCAUGCAGAUCGAGUCCAUGGACUGGUUCAAAUACGUGGACCCAGUCGACCAGCAGGUGUCUGACCACCAAGGCGUGCGCCUCUUCCUCAAGGGCGGCAGCCGAAUCAUCUGGAGGCUUUCAGGUACCGGAAGCACCGGCGCGACCAUUCGCGUCUACAUGGAGCGCUACGAGCCAGACGCGUCGAAGGUUUUGGAGGAUGAUCGCAGCGCGCUGAAGGACAUCGCCGCCUUCGCGCUCCAGUUUUGCAAUAUCAAGAAGUAUAUUGGCACGGACGAGCCGACUGUCGUCACAUGA